CGCCUUCGCGCUCUCCUUUCUCAUUUCCAACAUUCAGCUCCUCUGCGUCAGAUGCCGCAAUCGUAUCCUGGUUCUUCGCCCCUCUGCCGCCAGCAGAGCUCACCAAGAUCCGGGACUUUGUGUCCGUCCUGUGCUCCUCCUCUGCCAGGAACGGCGGAGGAACGCAGGCCACAACUCGAGGAAGUCUCGGCCUCUGUCUGUACCUCGUCCUUAUCAGCUGUCUGUCCUCUUCUUCACUGGGGCAACCGGAAACGGAAAGGCCAGACUUGCUCAUCUGCUCCAGAGUCUGCUUCUCGUCUCCCGUCUGUUUCGCCUUCUUGUCUGUGGGAAGCACAACACUCGCAGCAAAGAGCGUCCGCGCCGUCCGCCAGUGCAGAUCCGCGCUCUGUGCUUCAGCUGUCGACCGCCGAUUCGCACCCGCUUCUCCCCGCCCCCCAGUUUCUCUCUUCCUCGCCGAACCCAGUCUCGAGGUUCCCGCCUUCUUCAGAGGCAAACGCAAAUGAAGAGUGGACUGGCACACAUGCAGGGGAAGAGGAGCGGAACGAAGAAGAACGGCGAGAAACUGGAACACGGAGAGGUGAAGAAGUAACGCAAGAAGGUGAAACAGAGAAGCCUCUGAACGGGGAGAAGAGGCGUGCGAACGCGAAGGACGUGCGGCUGCAUGCGGAGCAGCAUCGGCGACGCGGAGGGGAGAACAGCAGGGGAGAAACAACCGCAAAUGACAGGCGAGAGGAGAGCGCGGCGAAUGGAGAGAGAAGGAUUCUGGAAGAAACAGAAGCCGGAAAACCGGAGAAGACGAAAGAAACCUACUACUCACUGGGAGGAUUGGAUCGACGCCUGAAAGGAACAGAAGACACAACAGAAGCAAUCCAAGGUGGAGGCGGAAUCGAGGAAGACCGAAGGGAAGAAAACGAAGAGACAGACAGAGGCGAAGAGGAACACGCAGAGACUCCGAGAUUUCAGAAUGGGCAAAACGGGAACUGCUGCCGAGAGGAAACGAGCCAUGAGAUGACAGUUCUGAAAACAGCAGCAAGUGAAGGAGACGAAUCUGUCGUGUACACCGGAAUCGAUACAGUGAAAGACGGAAGGAAAGACAGCGAGGAACGAAAAAACAGACUCUCUCGAGGAGGAGCUUCUGAACUCGUAUGCCUGGCGAGGUUGACAAGCGAGCAAAGCGUUUCCUCGGUUCCGAGACUUCCAACAGAACUCGCACGCGUCGUCCAGCAGCUGCGGCGCCUCAAGCGAGAGCGAGAUCGCCUUUCUAAGCGCAUCGGAUUUCUCCAGAAGUUUGUCAGAAAGAGACUGACUGCGGGAAACGAGACGGCAAGGCCGAAGCGAGCGCAUGCAGUUUACCAACUUUCCAUGGAGAGGCUGAGACCGCGUGGGGAACUCGGCAGAGAAGAGAGCGACAAGCAGGGACGCGAAGACAACCGAAAAGGGAAGAGCGAGUGUGGCGAACGAAGAGGAGGAGAACACGAAGUGGACGGACACACAGAUGAGAGGCAAGAUGAAGAAGAAGUGAGAGAAGAGAAGACGCGACGAGAGAGAGAACGCGAGCCGGAAGAAGAGCGAGAAGAGAAAAGAGAAGAAAGAGAAGAUGGAGAAGAAGAGAGAGGAGAUGGAGAGAAAGCGAGAAGACUCGAGCCAGCAGAACUGAGGGGAGAGGCGCGCGAAGAACGGAGAGAAGGCGGAGAAGACGAGAAGGCGACAAUGAUGGAAAGAGAGCGAGAACCAGGAGACGCAUCCAGGCUAGGAGAUAGAGAAGCUGACACCGAAGUCGGUCGCACGAGAAAAGACAAACAUCCUAAAAAAGGAGAUAUCAGAUGGCAUUUAACGAGGAACGCGAAUCAAACCGACUCAACCAAAGCAGAGGAAGCGAGGUGGGGAAGCACCGCGUCUUCGCCCGCGAUCGUGUGCCUGCCGGCAAAAACCAGACAGCCGCGGAGACUUGCGGAGCUCAGUUCAGAAGGAGGAAAAGCACCAAGCAACUGCAGCCUCGAUGUCGCUUCAUCAGAAACUCUUCUCUGGAUGAGGUUCACGCCAGAAUCGAAGAAGCAGAAAAGAACAGGAAAGCCAAGGAGGAGCGAUCCAAAGGUCUCUUCAGGUCCCUCCUCCUCUCGCUUGCAUCUCCUGCCUCCGCGUUCCCUUCCGCAGUCUGCUUCCUCUUCUUCUGUCUCUUUCCUGUCUUCUGCUACUUCCCUCUAUGCAGGUUUCCCCGGAGAGAGAAACGGAAGUGUCACCGGCUGUCGAACCGAGGAAGACCCACACACACGCGUGCUCGGACUUGCCUCUGUAGAUCGGCAGAAACCGGGUUUCUUCUGCAAGAGUGAAACAGGAGCUCUUUCGCGUUCUUCUCUUCUUUCCACUAAGGCGCUUGCCGCAAAGCGAGCAGUCGCUCGUUGUCCGUUGGAGGAAGAUGGGAGGAGCAGAGUCUCGAAAUAGAAGACUGUGAACGCAAAGAAGGGCGU